ACAACCAGUUAUCUGUGAGUAUGUCAGUUGCUCAUUUUUUGAACAUGACCACGAUGCCUGACAUGAGCACAUGAUCGCUUUGAGUCAUCUUACAUUUUAAAAUGACUUUAAAGCAUUUGGAAACGUUUAGGGAUCAACUGAGUAAAGAGUGCCAUGGAAAAGCUAGAAGAAAGCAAAUAUUCAUUGAGCAGAAUGAAAGGAGAUUCUCAAACUUUAAAUACAGGGUCUGCACAGAAUGGAGAAAAGCGCAUUCUCGUUUGGCGGCACGGAGCAGAAGGAGGAAGGAGAGUCAGCUAUUCAAGGAGUUAACUGCUCUUCUGCCUCUGGACCCGAGUAUGGAUGGCCAGCGCGACAAAGCGUCAGUCAUACGUCUCACAAUCGCUUACCUGCACCUGAGGGAUCUUAUGAACACCAUAGACUCCUAUGCACUGUCCAUGAUGACACAGUCCUCUCCUCCUUCACCAGGAGUAUCGGCUAAAUCUCAUGAGAGGGAGUUGCUAGAUUCUGCCCUCGGAGGGUUUGUGGUUUUGUUGUCUUUGAAUGGCAAGGUCAUCUUCACCACUAAGGGCGUAACUACACACACUGGAAUUAACCAGAUGGAUUUGAUCGGGAGGAGUUUGUUUGAGUUCUUGCAUCCAUGUGAUCAGAUGGAGGUCAAAGACAUUCUCACGAGACUGAUCGGAAACCGAGAACAGCAAGAUUGUGAAGUGAUCCUCAGAAUAAAAAGUGUGAUGAACCAGAAGCUGACUCCUUGGAAAAUUAUUCAGUGUACUGGAAAGAAAAAGUCACCUGCCACACCUGGAUCCAGUUGUCUAGUUCUUCAGUACAGGGUUUUGCCCAUGCAGGAGAUCAUUGAACUGAAUGCAGUGCUGAAUAUAAGUACGUUUAUGAGCGUACACAGCCCAGACAUGAAAUUUGAAGCUCUUUUUUGGCUCAGGGUUGUGAAGUUGACUGGCUUUUGUGACACAGAGCUGUUGGGCCAGUCCAUGUACCAGUACUAUCAUCCAUCAGACAGCCAGCAAAUCCGCAAGGCACACGUUUACUUGCUUUCCAAGGGUCCGGUGUCGACAGGUAAAUAUCGGCUGCUGCACGGACAUGGUGGCUAUGUGUGGGCAGAGACAGAAGCGUCAUUGGUGUGCAACAGUCGUACUGGUGUGCCAGAGAGUGUCGUCUGCAUCAAUUACAUUCUUAGUGGAGUGGAGCAGCCCGAUUUGACAUAUUUGCUGAAGCAGACAGAACAACUUCUGAAACCAUGUGAAUCCCAGCCUGCCACUUUUCCACUGACUGCAGCCCAGCAAGACAAUAGCAGCCUGAAAACCAAAUCAAAUGAGCACAAUAGUCCUACAACACCUCUAAACCAAAGAGAGGGUGACAUACAGGAAGUUCAGGACUGUACAGAGAUCACACAUAACACAGAAGAGUGCUGCAAUUUCAAUUGUUGUGAGUACCCUUUCGAAAUUUACUGUGGUAUCAGAUGUUAAUGCCGUAGUACUUUGAUAUAUACCA